GAUGUUAUGUUUUUCUUCGUGAAACAACGAUGAACAAAAGAAAAACUGCAACGUCUGAUGACUGAACCUGAUCCAGUGGCUUAAGAAGAUGUUAGUGUUGGGCGAGUUUGCGUCUCCACAUCAUGAGUCCUGUCACGGGUCGCUCACAUUCAUGACCUCUUGCUUCAUGACAGUCACUGCUCUCUGUGUGUCACGUGUCAGAGCGCAUUCAUUUGCAGUUAGUUUUAAGACAACUAUCGACUAGGUAAACUGUGACGUCACGUACACAAACACGCCAUGCUCCUGCUGUGUGUUGGAAAACACGCAUGCGCCACGUUGUUCAGAGUGCACUGCGCUCAACUGGCCACCAGAUGGCGGUACCUUCACGGCGCUUUGACCCAGGGGACGCGAAGAAGAUCCUCGUAGAGGAUGUGAAGAAAUGGAUCCUUCACACGUCGCGGAGCUGCGAGCCGAGCGCAGCGGAUAGAUGCGAGGCGUCCGAGGCCGAUCACCGAGCGAUGCUUCCAGCAGCCAGAUGGAGUGAGACGCGCUCCGCUCGCUGAGCCCGUCAAGCCCUUCGCUCCGAGCGUCUCCAGCAUCCCCUCACCAGCCCGGCCGGGACCAGCUCGAGGGCAGGGAUGGGCUCCCCCCUGCUCCUCCACACGCUGGACCUCCUCCUCGUCUUCAGCACUUUGUGUUUGGUCCGAGCCGACGAUGUUCUGACCAAGGAGGAGCAGAUCGGCCUGCUCUUCAAAGCUAAGAGGAAGUGUGAAGCUUACAUCAAGUCCAAGCACAAGUUUCCAGAAGGGACCUGCUCACCGGAGUGGGACGGCAUCGUGUGCUGGCCGGAGGGGCCUCCCGGGGAGCUGGUGUCUGCGCCGUGUCCCGAGUACAUCUAUGACUUCAACCAUAAAGGCCUGGCCUACCGUCGCUGCGACGGCAACGGCAGCUGGGAGCUGAGCCCGGCCACCAACAAGACCUGGGCCAACUACAGCGAGUGUGCCAAGUUCCUGUACCACUACAACCAGAGCCACGAGAAGGAGGUCUUUCACCGGCUGUACCUCAUCUACACGGUGGGCUACUCCGUCUCCCUGGGCUCCCUCAUGGUGGCGGUCAUCAUUUUAGGAUACUUCCGACGCCUCCACUGCACCAGGAACUACAUCCACAUGCACCUGUUCGUGUCCUACAUGCUGCGGGCCAUCAGCAUCUUCGUCAAGGACGUGGUGCUCUACUCCGGCUCUGCGCUGGAGGACAUGGAGCGGGUCACCGUGGAGGACCUGAAGUCCAUCACCGAGGCGCCGCCCGCCAACAAGACUCAGUUUAUCGGCUGCAAAGCCGCCGUGACCUUGUUCAUGUACUUCCUGGCCACCAAUUACUACUGGAUCCUGGUGGAGGGCCUGUACCUGCACAGCCUCAUCUUCAUGACCUUCUUCUCCGACAGGAAGUACCUUUGGGGAUUUACUCUGAUCGGAUGGGGUGUGCCGGCCAUGUUCGUGACGGUGUGGGCCACGGUCCGGGCCACCUUCGCCGACACAGAGUGCUGGGACUUAAGUGCCGGGAACUUGAAGUGGAUCUACCAGGUGCCCAUCCUGACGGCGGUGGUGGUCAAUUUCAUCUUGUUCCUCAACAUCAUCCGAGUUCUGGCCACUAAACUGCGCGAGACCAACGCCGGGAGGUGCGACACGCGGCAGCAGUACCGGAAACUGCUCAAGUCCACGCUGGUGCUGAUGCCGCUGUUCGGCGUGCACUACAUCAUAUUUAACGCCAUGCCGUACACGGAAGUGUCCGGGAUUCCCUGGCAGAUCCAGAUGCACUACGAGAUGCUCUUCAACUCCUUCCAGGGUUUCCUCGUCGCCAUCAUUUACUGCUUUUGCAACGGAGAGGUGCAGGCUGAGAUCAAGAAGUCCUGGAACCGCCGGACCCUGGCGCUGGACUUCAAGAGGAAAGCUCGCAGCGGCAGCAACACCUACAGCUACGGCCCCAUGGUGUCGCACACCAGCGUCACCAACGUGACCGCCAGGGGCGCGCUGUCCCUCCACCUGACCACCAGGUUGGGCCCGGUGCCGGUCAACGGCCACCGGAACCUUCCCGGCUACGUGAAGAACGGGUCCGUGUCGGAAAACUCGGCGCCGUCGACGGCUCAGGAGCUUCCGGUGCCGGAGGAGCAGCAGCCCGCUCCGAUCCGACCCGGGGAGGACGAGAAACCGUCACCGGUGGUGGAGGAGGAGCGUGAGACGGUCAUGUGACCCGCUGGUCUGCAUGAAGGAUGCCGGCGCUGCCAACACUGUCGGAGGACGACGAUGAGUCAUGUGACCUGGUGCGGCGCAUCCUCUGGUUCCGUUCAGGAGCAUCCGGAGCUGGAAAUGAAAAAGUGACGCCAUGUUUUUAAACAAGACAAAUUCCGGCCUUUCUGUGACAAGAAAUGUGUAAAUAAUAAUUUAAUCAUUCUGCUGUUUAUAAUUCAAAAGAAUAUAAAUAAUAAAUAUGAGUUGUACCGUUCCAGGAGAAAAAUUGUCUAAAGUAAUAAAACACAAUAUUUGUGAGGAUAUAAUGUAUUAUAUUAUAUGAUAUAUACAGCUGGUUGCAUGUUGCUUAUUCCUCUGAACUUAUUUUCAAGUUAUUUUUUAGCACUUAAGUCAUGGAUUAUCUGUGACUAAGCAGCCUUUUUAUUAAUUUAUUUUUUCGUAUCUUUUUAUUUGGAUAAAAGUCAGCAACUGAAAGUCCUACAUUUCUUCCACAGAAGUCACGCAUGUCACUUCUUCUCUGAAAGUUCUGCCAGUGUUUCCCAACGGAAGCUUCCAUUCAUGCGUCACACCACAGUUCAUGAAGGACUUUUGUCCGACAUGGCUUUUUCAUGUCCAGCUCUGAUGGAUGCGCGAGUUGCUCGGCGCUCAGCGCCCCCUCUGGUGGCGCCCCCUCUGCUGCAGCGAAUGUGUGGAUAACAAAAGACACAGACUGCAGCUGUCCACUGCCACUUGUGCUGGCGAGCGAGCGAGCGGCCGGCGGAGCAGCCUUACGCCGCGUGGCGCUGGGGUCACGUCCCCGGGCCUCGGGGUGCGGUUCCCACCACCCAUCCUCUGCGAUGUGAAAGGGACGGGACUCAGGUAGACGACGUGAUCGGCGUCACACCGAACUGUUUGUUUUGGCAAAUGUUUGUUGCCAACCAAACCCCUUUGCUUCAUAGCAAAUGGAUCCAGCGUGCUGCUGCUCUACCGUGUAAAUACGAGUCACAAUGUUUACAAGAGUUCUGAGCUAAUGUAUAUAAUGUGUCCGAAACAUGUAAAUAUCCCUCUGCUGCAGUGCUGUGCUGACACACUGACAGACUUGAUCCUCCAUGAUGGAGGUCACCAGCAAGUCAUUUUGCCCUCGUGUCGCCCCAAACUGGCUCAUGAAGCCCGGACGGUGUUUUAGGUUGAAAUGUACCAUGUUAUUUUGUGGACUGAAAGGUGGGAAGUUUGAGUCUGAAGCCAAACAUUGGUAGCAGGGGGCGGAGCCUGAGCAGCUCAGCCAUCUGGACGGGACUCAGAUUAGAACACAACAUGCUGGAGUAACCUCUGUCGGCCCCCAGAAGCACCUUCUGAGGAGAGAAGUCUGGGCCUCUGACCUCCAAGUGCUGCCCCCACGACCUGCCCUGCAGCUGGGCGGAGGGCGUUCCUGACGUUCCUAGCACCAUGGUCACCGUAUCCUGGGUGACUUCCGAGCAGCUUAGUGACAUCGUGAGUGCAAACAACUGUACAGAUUCUUGAUUUUCUGUUGGUGAGUUCCGUGGAGCAGAUCAGUGUGUCCUUCAACGCGUGGUGCAGUGUGGAUGACGUCACAGCAACACCAGGGGACCCUUCCGUGCUUUGAUGUUUGUUUGUUUACACCAUAUCUGGAAAAGUGUCUGCUCCUUCGUAGCUUCUCAUGAAAGACAAUGAAGAGCUGUUUUAUAUGUUUUAUAAAUAAAAAAAAUGGAACUCAUAGGCCCCGGGAGUCACAUGGUGCAGGCGAGUGUGGUUGGGCCGGACGGCUGUCCAGGGUGUCCCCUGCAGACCCGUGGCAGGAGGGCUGUCCAGGGAGGUGACCUGCGGCGGGGUCCCGGGCCCCUCCACUGCUGUUGUCUGUUGUUGUCAUCUGAGCCGUGUAAGAGCUGGAGGCGCCGCCUGCUGUUGGUCACACUGACCACCGUCCGACGCCUCUCGUGGAUUCAUUCAUUGAUCUGCCGCCAGAGUGUGGAGCAGUGGCGCCACUUCUUCGUGUCUGUUGUCCGUCUGGUCCGUUGUGA